AAAAUAAAAAAUAAAAAUUGCAAACGAUUUUUGGUGCGAAUCAUUCCUUUCGUCUCCCUCACCUGCAUCUAUUAAAAUCCGAAACGUUUCAAGUUUCUCAGUCGCUUCUUCUCCAAACAAUUCACGCGCUUUCUAUCUAUCCACAGUACAAUUCACUUCAAGGUUGCAUGAUGUCUGUAAAACACAAUCAGAUCGAUUUAAACGCCGACGCCGCUUCGAUUGACAGAGAAAAUGAGGUUGAUACACCUGUGAGUGGUGAUUCUCAAGCUGAAACCCUAGAGGGAUUCUCUAGUUGUCAGGGUGAGGUUCAGGAUAAUGUGCUUGAUAAAGUUAGGAUUUGUGGUUCGAGUGAGGUGAUUUGUGACUUGAAUAUUGAUGCAGAUGAUGUUGUUAUGAGUAGUGUAGGUGUUGGAAGAGAAGUGAUUGUAUCAGAUAGUGUAACUGAUGUGGAAAAAGACAAUGAAUGUUUCGGUGGGGAGGUUGGAGUGGAAGCUGGAGAAUGUAUAGAUAGAUGUGGUGAUGAUGUCUCUAUGUGUGAUGAUAAUAAAGCAGAGUCUGCUGAUGUGGUUGAAAAAGCUUCUGGGGAAGGAGUGAAUCAUCAUAUGAAUGGGGGGCCUGUUGGGGGGGUAUUGGAGCAAUGGAAUCAUAUUACUGGGAAUUCAAGCUCAUCUCAUCAGGAUGCUGGACAGUCACCAACUCACAAAUCUGAGAAGGUAACGUCUGAUGGCUUAGAAAAUCAAGUGAUGGAAAUAGAUGCACAAGCAGAGUAUAAUGACGAUCAGCUUGUAGAUAUUCAUGUUUCAGAGGUGGAGAUUUCUUCAGAUGUUAUGAAUGAGUCAUAUGGGAUCAGUCUUGAGGUAGAUUUAAAUGCAUGUGGUACUACAAGUAGAGAUUUGACUGACAUGAGUAUAAAGUUGAUUGCCUCCAAACAGGAUUUUUGUGCAUCUGAUUUGGUGUGGGGUAAAGUAAGGAGCCAUCCUUGGUGGCCAGGUCAGAUACUUGCCCCUUCAGCUGCAUCAAAGAAAGCAAGGAAAUAUUUUAAGAAAGAUAGUUAUUUGAUUGCUUAUUUUGGGGAUCAGACAUUUGCUUGGAAUGAAGCAUCAAAAAUAAAACCUUUUCGGGAGCAUUUCACACAAAUGGAAAGCCAGAGCAGUCUGGAAGAUUUCCAUUGUGCUAUUGAUUGCGCCUUGGAAGAGGUUUCUAGACGGGUGGAAUUUGGGCUGUCCUGUUCUUGCAUCCCUGAAGAAGCUUUAACUGAGAUCAGUACUCAGAUGAUAGUUAAUGCUGGAGUCAAGGAAGAGUCCAGUAUAAUAGAUGGUGGAGACAAUUACUCCAGUGCAGCUUCUUUUGAUCCUGUAAAACUUUUUGAGCAUGUAAAAGCAUUAGCACAGUUGUUACAUUAUAGUGGGGUUGAUAGGCUGAGUUUGGUGACAGUGCAAGCUCAAUUGUCAGCAUUCUAUCGUUGGAAGGGUUAUUUACAGCUGCCUGAAUUCAAUGUGCUUGGUGGGUUGCUGGAUAGUGAUGCUGAGAUCCCACUUUCAGCAGAAGUGAAGCAUGGUGCUGAAGUACUGGAAAAUGCUGCUCCUGAUUUCAAACAUGACAAGCAAGAAUACUGUGGAACAGGGAAGUCAAAUAGUCAAGAUGGUUUUUCUCAUAAGUGGAUGCAAAUCUCUGGGGAUAGAGCAUGUCCAAGAAAAAAAGAAAAAAGUUUGUCAGACUUGUUGGCUGAGAGUCACACAAAUAUGUCCAAUGGUAAAAAUGGAUCAGAUGGUAAAGGUGAUAAGUUGAUUUCAUCAUCUUCUGCUAGGAAACGUAAGGCAGUUGAUUCCACAUACUAUGACAUAGCUGCAAAGCAUAAGAAGCUGGACUCCAUAUCCGAGGAUAAGAUUCUGAAACACAAGAGGGGUGAUAGGUUGAUUGUGAAACAUGGGAAGAGUGAUUUAUCAUCCCGGGCAGACAAUUCAUUACCAACUAAGAAUCUUGGGGUUGGAACUAGCAUACUUAAGAUUGCAAGCCAGCUGAAUGGGUCAAGUGGUGAUCAAACAUCUCCAAAAACUUUGGUUAAAAAUAAAAGAAAUGACAAGUCUGACUUACGAAAAUCUCAAAGAAAAAUGCACUUUGUAGCAGAGGAUUCUUCAAUUGAUGACUUCCUGUCAAAGCUUUGCUUGGUUGCUAGAGAUCCCACGACCAGAUACAUCUUCUCGAUUUCUCUUGUUAGUUUCUUCUCGAAAUUCAGGAAGUCAGUCAGCCUGGAAAUAUCUGAGGGAGAAGGUUCUGGUGACAGAAAUCAAAAAAUGUUGAAGCAGUCUGAAACUGCUGGUAUACCUGCGUCAAACCUCAUUAAAGAUUCCUAUUGGACUGACAGGGUAAUUGAAAACAUUCCUGAAGUGCAACAACCACUUGAGAAUAAGAAUGAAGUUGAAGAAGCGUUGCAUAAUGACCCAAGCCAAAUCAAUAUUUCCCCUCUUGAAGCACAAUUAGCUGUUCAUUUGGGCACCAAUAUGGAAUCUGGACGGCAAAGUGAUGAUGAAAAUCUUGAAUGGGAAUCUGUGAAUGAUGGUGAAAAUCUGGAAUUGAAAGCAGUACAGCCAGUAGACCAUUUAGACGGAUGUUGUGAUGAAGAUGUCUCUCCCACAGCUUUGAUUUUAAAUUUCUCAGACUCGGAAUCUGUUCCAUCGAAAGAACAUCUUAACAAAAUAUUUGGUCAUUUUGGAGCUUUGAAUGAAUUAGAGACUGAAUUAUUGAAGAGUAGGCGUGCGAAAGUGGUUUUCAAGAAACGCAAAGAUGCAGAAGCAGCUUUCAGUUCUGCUGGAAAGUACAGCAUUUUUGGCCCGGCACUUGUUAGUUACUGUCUCAAAUACAUGUCUUCUGCAAGUAACGCUUCUUCUUGCAUGACAACGAAGAGAAGCAGAAAAGUUGCAACAUCUAUGGAGGGUGAUGCAUCUUAAUCCCACAAAUUCUGAUUGAUUCAUGUAGUAUGAAAGUUUUAGGCAUUUCUUCUAUAUGUGUAUAUAAGAUAAGUUUAAUUUUGUCAACAUGCAGUGGGAUCAAAUAGUUGGUUUAAUUUUAUACUAGAUAGAGUUGCCGAA